UUCUCCCUUACCCACCUCACUUCAGCCUAGCUGAGCACAACCAGGAGGCAAGUGUUUGGUACACACAGAGGGACUCUAUGAUUAAGCACCGGGCUCAGAAAGCUCCCCCUGGGCAGCACAGGCACUGUGAGAGAUGUUUCAACCGGCACUGCCGUGCACCAAUUGAGCUCUCCGUCUCCUGCAUGGUGAUCAGCUGCCACCUUCACUGUGGGGCCACCUUCCACAUGUGCAAGGAGGAGGAGCACCAAUUGCUCUGUCCGUUAGAGCAGGUCUCCUGCCUCAACUCAGCCUAUGGCUGCCCUUUUUCCAUGGCCCGCUUUAAGCUGGCAAAGCACCUCCAGGUCUGUCCAGCCAGUGUUGUCUGCUGCUCAAUGGAGUGGAAUCGCUGGCCCAACGUGGAUUCAGACACGACUCUCCACAAGAACAUUAUGAAGGAGACUUUGAGUGAAGAGUGUCUGGACACAGCCUUGGCACUCAGAGACCAGAAGAUACUUUUCAGGACUUUGAAAAUAGCCAACUUCUUUCCAGAAUGGAGGAAAAAGGAUGAAGUGGAAGAGCUAAUGGAUGAAUCCAUGGGUGGGGAAGAAGGUGCAGUGGGAGGAGCAGGCUGUGGUUCCCAAGAAGGUAACGACCAGUUGUCUGAGCUUAGCCAACAUGAACGUGAAGAUUUGGCAAAGGACAAGGAGGGAAUGGAUCUGGGGAGUUACAAAACCUGGGAGAAUAUUUUCAGCAAAGAGCUCCUGGCUUGCAAGGUAACAAGCUCAGCAGCCAGCACAGGACAAAAGACACAGGAGUCUUCCAAGAAAAAAGUAUCAGCCCCUAAUUCUGCUAGCUCCACAAAGAAGGCAAAGGAAGUACCUGACAGUGCGGAAGAGGCAAAGGACCAAAAGCCUGAACAAGUAACACCAAGUAGAGAAAUGACAGGACUGGCUCCCUGGCAAGAAGGUGUCCUGGAGAGGCUGAAGAAGGAAGUUGGUGUAGGUGAUUACAACAUGUAUCUGGUACAUCAUGGGGGAAUGCUUAUACGCUUUGGCCAGCUAGCUGCUUGCACUCCCAGAGAAAAAGAUUUUGUCUAUGGGAACUUGGAAGCUCAGGAGGUGAAGACCGUCUACACCUUCAAAGUGCCAGUUAGUUACUGUGGCAAAAGAGCACGAUUAGGAGAUGCACUGGGCCACAGGAUACCAACUUCAGACAAGUCAGUGGAUACCUCAGAACUGGGAAUAAACAUAGAAGAACUACCUAAGGCAAAUAUAGUUAAAUCCACACUGCUGUGUGCACUGGAAAAAGAGCUGAAAGGCCAUGAGAUCUCUGAAGCAAGAGGUAUUGAUGGACUCUUUGUGGAUUUUGCAACGCAGACGUACAGCUUUCCUCUGGAGCCCUUCUCCUCCAGUGCUGUUCUGUCAGAUGUUCUGGAUGAAAAGAGCCCAGCAGAACUUCACAUGGAACUCUACAGUGAAUGUGUAACCAGAAGACACAACAAAAGCAGUUCAGCUUUCACGUUCACUUGCAGUCAUUUCUUCAGGAGGGAUGAGUUCCCAUCCCACUUUAAGAAUGUGCACGCUGAUAUACAGUCAUGUCUGGAUGGAUGGUUCCAGCAUCGCUGCCCACUGGCCUACUUGGGAUGUACUUUUGUUCAAAACCACUUCCGCCCUGAUGGACUUAAGGCCAAGGUUAUAUACAGCAAGCCUCUCAAGACAUUUGCUAUUAAGCCAGAGGUGGACACCCUCCUUGCUGAAUCAGGGAAGUGCAAUCCCACAAUGGCUAAUCGAAGAAGAAAUAAGGACUUGCUGAGCAGCCUCCCAGUGGAAGUGCUCAAGUACAUUGCGGGGUUCCUGGACAGCUUCAGUUUAUCUCAGCUAUCGCAAGUGUCAGUGCUGAUGAGGGACAUCUGUGCCACGCUUCUUCAAGAGAGGGGAAUGGUCCUCCUGGUCUGGGAGAAGAAAAGAUACUCCCAUGGUGGUACUUCGUGGAAAGCUCGCAAAAAGAUCUGGCAGUUCAGCAGUCUGUUCUCCAGAGUUAACAAAUGGCAGCGUAACGACGUCAUGAGCAUGUCAGAGCACCUGAAGACUUGUCCCUUCUACCAAGUGGAGCACAAGACAGACCCCGUGCGGCUGACAGGCAUGUGUGAAUCUCAAGAGCAGACUCAAAAGACUUUGGUUUCUACUUUCAAGCACAGAAUCUGA